UGCAUUUCUCUGUCCGCGGACCGCUGGGCACUGUAACCAUUAUUCGCUCAGCUCUGGGUACUUUGCGUUUCCCCGACUCCAUGCUUGUUUCUUGGUGUCUAUUGUUCCCGCAUCGUCGACGUCCAAUAUCGUUACUCAGUGCAUCACACUUCAUUGUCCACAGCUGGGUACCUCAGUAUUACUCACUGCUGCAACGCAAAACCUCACUCUCACUUUCAGUCUCACUAUCACUCUUUCUCUCAUUAUUCCAGCCUCACUCGCUCAACUACACUACGCUCAUUCAUUGUGCAUUCUCACCUCGACCGGCUUUGACAAAUUCAGCCUGGCCUGGAGGUGCUGCCUGUGAGCUUGAAUCAUAUCAGAAAAAAAAGGAAACAAGUACUGGUCUCAUCACCACUGACGACAACGCGUCUAGCGCACACCCAUACUCCUUUCCUCCACACCUCUCUUCCUACCUUAGGUGUCUGCCUUACCUCACACCUCACCUAAGCUGCUCUCUUCCUCUCUCCCGCCCUCUCUCUCUCUCUCACCUUGCCUUACCAUACAUAACCUACCUCCAUUUCCUGACCUCGCCCGAUUUACGCACACACGCACACGCACAUUACACUUACGCCCGGCCUGGACCACUUGGACCUAGACCCCCAACCUGGACCUGGACUGGACCUGGACCUCUGACUUGCACCGGCACCUGCAACCUCUCCUGCGUCCCUCCGCCUUCGUCUAUUCGUACCUAAGGUACUCCGUACCGACUCCGUACUUGCUUCGCCCUCUCUCUCUCUCUCUCUCUGGGCUCUGCCUUUGCCUCAUCUCACCUUACUCACCUUCCUAUUGCUUACCUGGUACCGGUGCACAUACCUUGCAUUUUCCCCCUUCUACCUUACUCGACCCCCAGACUCUCUUCUCCAGACCAAACUCCUUCACCCCUCGCCCUCUUUUGUCCGACCGACAACUAUCGACGAAGAGGUUUCAAGGUGUCGUUGUCGCGCCUAGUGUUCUGGUCGGAAACGUCGCUCGCUUUCAUUCGUUUUCUAUCGUCAAAAAAAAAUCCCACCAACGCACAGCUCGCUCGUGUCUUACCGACUCCCGCCAUCCCCUCUCUAGCUCCGCAUCGUCGUGGCCCGCCGUCCUCUGUCCCCGGUCAACGCUGCCCGAAUACACCUGGGUCAUUUCACCUACACGGACGCUCUUCGUCACCU